GAGGAGCGAGGCGGGGAGGAGGAAGGAAGGAAGAAAGAAGGAAGGCAGAAGGAAGGAAGGAGCUCCGCAGCCGCUGGAGGUGCUGCCGCAGCCGCGGGCACAGCCGCCCCGUCCCGCCGGGCCGGGAGGGGUGUGCUCCGCAGCCGACAUGUCUCAGGAGCGGCCUAAGUUUUACCGCCAGGAGCUCAACAAGACGGUGUGGGAGGUGCCCGAGCGCUACCAGAACCUCUCCCCGGUCGGGUCCGGGGCCUACGGCUCUGUCUGUUCUGCCUUUGACACAAAAACUGGGUUGCGAGUGGCUGUAAAGAAGCUGUCCCGGCCAUUUCAGUCUAUCAUCCAUGCCAAAAGGACCUACCGAGAACUACGGCUACUGAAGCAUAUGAAACACGAAAAUGUUAUUGGCUUGCUGGAUGUGUUCACCCCUGCCAAGUCACUAGAAGAAUUCAAUGAUGUGUACUUGGUGACGCACCUUAUGGGAGCAGAUCUAAACAACAUUGUGAAAUGCCAGAAACUCACAGAUGACCAUGUGCAGUUCCUCAUAUACCAGAUUCUCCGGGGGCUGAAGUACAUCCAUUCAGCUGACAUAAUACACAGAGAUUUAAAACCUAGUAACCUAGCUGUAAAUGAAGACUGUGAGCUAAAGAUCCUGGAUUUUGGCUUGGCUCGACACACUGAUGAUGAGAUGACUGGGUACGUGGCUACCCGGUGGUACAGGGCUCCUGAGAUCAUGCUGAACUGGAUGCAUUACAACCAGACAGUUGAUAUUUGGUCAGUGGGAUGCAUUAUGGCUGAACUGUUGACUGGAAGAACAUUGUUCCCUGGUACAGACCAUAUUGAUCAGUUGAAGCUCAUUUUGAGACUCGUUGGAACCCCAGGGCCUGAGCUUUUGAAGAAAAUCUCCUCAGAGUCUGCGAGAAACUACAUUCAAUCUUUAUCUUACAUGCCGAAAAUGAACUUUGAAAAUGUGUUUAUUGGUGCCAAUCCAUUAGCUGUGGACUUGCUAGAGAAGAUGUUGGUACUGGAUACAGACAAACGAAUUACUGCAGCGGAAGCGUUAGCUCACGCCUACUUUGCUCAGUAUCACGACCCAGAUGAUGAACCAGUGGCAGACCCCUACGACCAAUCUUUUGAAAGCAGAGAGCUUGAGAUUGAGGAAUGGAAAAGCCUGACUUACGAUGAAGUAAUCAGCUUUGUGCCACCACCGCUUGACCAAGAGGAGAUGGAGUCCUGAGAAACAGCUCUCUUCUCUUUGUCCCACUUCACUGUGAGGGGAAGGCCUUUUCGCAGGGACUCUCCAACUAUCGUUCAAGUGCCUCGCCACAACAAUAUUCUCCUUGGUGGAAGGGUUUUGUGUGUGUUGAAUUGGGGAGGGUGGGGGGAGGGAGGAAAGCUGAGUCUACGUAAACAUGCUGCAUGCUCUCUUGUGUUCUGUGUACAGCCUGGGGCAAGCCUCUGAAGACCUGUCCUGACUGCUCCUUAGUCCUUCCACAGGAAGCAUUCAACCAGUUUGUGCUGCUGGGGCAGGAGGGGAAGGUGAUGUUCAAAGUUUGGUUACAAUUGUUGCCAUUUAUCAGUUGUUCUACAGUAACUAGCCUCAAAAUAAGGGAAGUUGGUUUAUAGGCUUUAGAGAGUCCUCUGUUUUCUUCGGGAUUGAAGGUAGGGUUGAGGGAUGUCCUUGUUCCAUGCUAGGUAGCUGAUUUACAUCCAGAUCUUCCUGGUACAGAACGUACAGGCUUUCUGACAACUGUCUGAUUCUUGAAACGUGAAAAGGUUUUGUAUGAAACUGUAAAUAUGUUUGUGCCUUAAAUGAAUGGGGAAAGAGGGGGAAGGAAGUGUGGAGUGGAAAUGCCUGGCCCUGCUGUUUUGCAGGGUGAAGGCUCUCAGACAGCCUGAACUCUUUGUAUUCAGGAAAUAACUUUCUGAGGCAUCAGCCUCUCUCCUUGGUUUGGGUAUUCCAAAUUUUUUCCCUCUCCCCCUCCUCUAGUUGUGUGGCUUCUCAGCAUUAGCUCCCAGGAGACAGAGGCUGGAGAAGAUUCUUGCUAGCCACGUUUGUGUAUCUUGUUCCUUAAAAGGCGGGGUGUUCUUGCAUGUCAUAGCUGUAUGUGCAUGUAGAGCUGCUUGGUGUUUGUUGUUACAUUGUGGGGGUGGCACUGGGGCAGUUAAAUCAUCAGUCAUUCACUGAGUACCUCAGCCAGUGCCACGAAAUCACAGCAUCCUUCCUCUUGUGCUGCAGCUCAGUAUGAAAUUGGAGAAAUCCAGUGAAAUCCACACUCCUGCCAGUGUGGAGACUGACGAGAAAAGGGUAGAACAUAGAGCAUAGAAAUGCACCUCCUUCUUUGUUCUGAUCUUCUGGUUUCAGAGAAGGAGAGAUUGGGACAGAGGGCUUCUUGUGAGAUCAAGUGUAAAAAAUGUUCUUCAAGAAACAACUGUGCCAUCUUGUGCCAGAAUUUAAGUUAUUUCCUGAAAAUAUUUUUUUCUGAAGAUGUUGGAAUCCAAAGCAAAGAAAUAAGCAUGCAUAAAACCACAAUCUUCCUGUCACUGUCUAUAUCUAUAAAUAUAAGUAUUUAUAUAAUAUAAAACUAA